AUGGCUGAACAAGAACAAGAGAGCGCCCGAGUUAGAGCUGAACUAGACGAAAUCAAAGGAGGCAUGUCCCAGAUGCGAGAGAUGCUGCAAGCUUUAACCUUCAGGUUUGAGAUUCCGCAAGCGACCGUGAUUUCAGAGACCACGGGCCCAGCAGUGGAAGUCCCACCUCAGAGGACAUUACCCUCAACCUUUCCUCCAUAUGGGCUACCCUAUGACUUUGUCCCCCGAGCGGAGGUGGUGCACGAAAUGGGGCAAUCUGUCCAACAAACUGUGCCAUUACCAGUUUACACCGACGCACGUCCAGUCAUCCAUACUAUGGUUCCACCAACCGCCUAUGCUAGGCAUGUUCCUCAUUAUGAAGAUCAAAACCACACGUAUCAGACUGUUGACUCAACUGUUGCUGGUGACGAAGUAAGGUUUGAGGACUUCAGGGAGAUAAAGGAGAACAUGCAGCUCCUUGAGAAGAAGUUCCGAGAUCUAGAAGGAGACCACGUCUUUGGAUCUGCUGCCAAAGAAAUGUGUCUUGUAUCCGGAUUGGUGAUUCCAGCAAAAUUCAAAACUCCAGACUUUGACAAAUACAAGGGGCACACUUGUCCAAAAAGCCAUCUCAUCAUGUAUUACCGCAAAAUGGCUGCACACGUGGAGGAUGACAAGCUGAUGAUCCACUGUUUUCAGGACAGCUUGAGUGAGGCUCCUUCCAAGUGGUAUUUGAGUUUGGAUCAGAACAGGAUCAGGUGUUUCCAAGACCUAUCAGAUGCGUUCAUAAAACACUACAAAUACAAUAUGGACAUGGCACCUGACAGAAGACAGUUGCAGAGCAUGUUUCAGCAUGACAAGGAGUCCUUCAAAGAGUACGCUCAGAGAUGGAGGGAAUUGGGUUCUCAGGUUGAACCACCUCUUGUUGAGAAAGAAUUGGCCGAACUGUUUAUCGACACUGUCCAACCCCAGUUCUACGAGAAGAUGGUUGGAAGUGCUUCUUUGGGAUUCUCCGAGCUUGUUGCUAUAGGAGCUCGUGUUGAAUAUGGUGUAAGGAACGGAAAACUGGAGGCUGUAGCUGGAACUUCAAAUGCUAAUCCAAAGAAGUUCUCUGGAGGGUUUCACAGAAAGAAGGAAGGGGAAACAAAUGUUGUGACUGUUGGUCAAGGAAGAGCUCCUCCAAGAAGGAGACCACAACAAUAUCCACCUCAGCAGUAUGUUCAACAACCAAUUCCCUAUCCGCAACCCAUGUAUCCCAUCCAGUACGCUCCUCAACCGUACAUAGCUGCUGUGACGCCUGCGUUCAAUCAACAGCCUUCUCAGGCUUAUCAAGCGCCUCCAGCUUAUCGACCAGCUCCAGUUCAACAACGUGCUGUGGCUCCGCCAGCUUAUCAACAAGCACCGGCAGCUCCUGUUUAUCAACAACCGAGAGUGCAAGCGCCGAGGCAGAAGGCUCAGAACCAAAAUAGGAGACAAGGGGAGAGGGCGACCUUCAAUCCAAUCCCAAUGUCCUACACUUAG